AUGGCCGAGAACCAGCGCUGGGAGGAUGACCUCGACCGUCGCAUCACCGGCGCCGAGGCCGACGCCGCCAACUUCGGCCGCCCCUCCCACGAGAUCGAGCGAGUCCUGAGCGCCUCCUCCGUCUCGACCUCCUCCAAUGGCUCCGUCCGGGAGCGUCCCAUCACCGCCGGCGGCAUGAGCAGGGUCUCGACACAGCGCGACCUGGAGCGCCACCCCACAGAGCUCGACCGCAUACAGACGGCCAGAAGCCAGCACAGCGUAACCGUCGGCGCCGGUCUGGGGAAGAGCAACACACGCACCCGUGACUCGAGGAGGCCAAUGCCCCCAAUGGGCGCGGGCAAGUCGCUGCCAGCCGCCCUGGACAAGGAUGAGUAUGUCGUCGAGUUUGAUGGGCCAGACGACCCGCUCCACGCGCAGAACUGGCCAUUGAACAAGAAGAUCCUCACGGCAGCAAUGCUUGGCUUCACGACCCUCACAUCCGCCUUCACCUCCAGUAUCUUCUCUGCCGGUACCCGCUCCAUCGCCGCCGAGUUCAACGUGUCCACCGAGGUGGGAAUUCUCGGUGUCUCCUUCUACGUCCUCGGUUUUGCCUUCGGGCCCACCCUGUGGGCACCGCUCUCAGAGCUCAAGGGGCGCCGCAUGCCGCUGGUUCUGUCCAUGUUCGGCUUCUCUAUCUUCACUAUCGCAGUAGCCACUGGCAAAGACCUCCAGACUGUCCUAAUCUGCCGUUUCUUCUCCGGCUUCUUUGGCGCCUGCCCGCUGGCCGUCGUCGCCGCUGUCUUCUCUGACAUGUUCAACAAUGCCACCCGAGGUAUUGCCAUCACCAUCUUCUCCAUGGCCGUUUUCACCGGCCCGUUGCUUGCACCGUUCAUCGGCGGCUUCAUCGUCGAGAGCUACCUCGGAUGGCGAUGGACGAUGUACAUCACCAGCAUCAUGGGCUUCGUGAGCUUCGGCCUGGACCUGUUGUUCCUCGAGGAGACCUACCCACCGCAGAUCCUGGUUGCCAAGGCUACCGAGCUGCGCCGCAGGACUCAGAACCACUUCAUCCACGCCAAGCAGGAGGAGAUCGAGAUUGAUUUCCGGGAGCUUGUUGAGAAGAACUUUUCGCGUCCUAUGAGGCUCCUUUUCCAGGAGCCAAUCGUGCUUCUUCUCUCGAUUUACAUGUCCUUCGUCUAUGGCAUUCUUUACCUCUUCCUGACAGCUUACCCCCUCGUCUUCGUCGGUGUCCAUGGCUUCAAGUCCAGCAGCUCGGGCCUCUGCUUCUUCGGCAUGAUCAUCGGCGAGCUUAUCGCCGGAGUGGUCGUCCUAGCCCAGCAGCCCUGGUACCAGCGCAAGCUGGCAGCCAACAACGGGAUCCCCAUCCCGGAGUGGCGUCUGCCCUCCGUCAUUGCAGGCGGUGUCGCGUUCAUGGGCGGCAUCUUCUGGUUCGGCUGGACCGGUUACAGGGCCGACAUCCACUGGAUCGUACCCACGGCCUCAGGGCUUUUGACCGGCUUCGGGCUCAUGUCCAUCUUUCUGCAGGCGUUGAACUAUCUGGUCGAUGCUUACUUGUGGGUGGCAGCUUCUGCGAUCGCCGGAAACACGUUCAUGCGCUCGUUGGCAGGCGCGGGCUUCCCACUCUUCGCGACGUACAUGUUCAAUGGCAUGGGCAUCCAGUGGGCUUCCACACUCCUGGGCUGUGUGGCCGCUGUGCUGGUGCCCAUCCCGGUCAUCUUCUACCUCUACGGCCACAAGAUCCGCGCUAAGAGCAAGGUCGCGCCUUCGUUCCCGGCUCAGUCUCAGCCCCAGGCAGAGGCUUCUGAAGAUGUCGAGUCCGAGAAGGAGAAGGACCAGGCCGGCAAUGACGCUGUCUCAGCGGCUGUGCCGCGGAAAGAUGGCGACAAGGCCACUGAGGCCGUCUAG